AUGACGCUUCGAAAAUGCGCCUAUUGUGGAUGCUCUGAAGCAGAAUGUUUGGCUGAAGUCCCGGAGUGCGGACUUUAUUUUUGUAACGGAAAGGGCGUUAUUCCUCAAAGCCACAUCACGCAUUUCUUAAAACAAACAAAUUUAUCUUCUUUUACUCUCCCACCAGAAAAUCGAUUUCAUCAAGUCAAAUUCGAAUGCUAUGUUUGCCAUUCUACUAAUGUUUUUCAACUCGGAUUCGUCAGAUUUCCGCAUGAUUCUUCUGUUUACAUCACCUGCAGGCAGCCAUGCCAAUUUGAUGCUGAAAUUCAACGUGAGCCAACUCAUACAUUUCAUCCAUUAAUCUCAAAUGGUCAAAUUUUACCCGAAAUUGUCAAUAUUCCACCACCCGAUAAAUAUAAGAAGGUUUCUGUAGCUGAUGCACUUGCAGUCAUUGAAAAGGUUAAUCCUGCUGCCAUUAUGCCGAACAUUGAAGCUGGUUUGGUCUUACCUGCCGCAAAAUUAACUUAUGAUUCAGCCGAAGACUUCACAGGAAUCAUGAGAAAGUUUGUGGAUGCAGAAAGAAGCGUCAGCCACGAGCUGGAGAAGCACAGACGCUUCGGAGACCUUCAUUUCGAAUGGGCCAACACAAAAUCAGUCUCAUUCAAGGCCAGGGCACCACUUCUGAAGCUUAUUUCUAACGGAACAUCCGUAAUGUUUACUGUUGGCGAUAAAAGCGAAGUCGCAAAAGUCAUGGAAGUUACUAGACAAAGAACUGUACAUUGUAUCUUCUCGAAAGACUCUUCAUUCUACACGAAAGACUUCGGAAUUACUCUUACAGUCAUUUAUGGAGCGAUUUCCUUCGAACGACAACUAAAAGCAUUAGAUAUCUUCGAAAAAGAUAAGAAAUGCUGCCAUUACAUUAUCAGAGAUGCCAUCCUUGGUAAUAUCAAGAAUUUCAAGGACCAUAACCGCGUAAAAGGCCAAAAUGUCGAAAUGGUCCUUCCAUCGGGAAACGAUUUCCCAAUUCUGAACGAAAGCCAGCAGAAAGCUACGAAAACAGCUCUCAAGCAGCGCUUCACUUUAAUCCAAGGCCCACCAGGAACUGGCAAAACUACAGUUAUUGCAGCAAUUGUAGCCAGUUUCGUCAAAGCAGGGGUUACUCCUGUACUUGUUUUAACUCAAUCAAACAUCGCAGCAGACUUCGCAACACGUAGAAUCAGCCAAACAGGCGUAAAUGUAAUUCGCGUACUUGCAUUCAACAAAGAAACAAAUCCCAACGACGAUACUAACUACGAAACAAUACCAGACUUCGAUAUCAGACCAUUUACCUCUCACGCUAAGGCCGUAGAGAGAUAUGGCGAAGUUUUCGAAGGUUUAUGCCAAAGUUCCGACCAAAAUGACAGGACACAAGCAAGAAAUCUUGAAAAGGACAUCAUCCGCGAAUACCCUGUUGUCUGUACUACAUGUGGAAGCGCUGGCGGAUCUCGAAUCACCUCUAUGAAGUUCCCUGUCGUAAUUUUCGAUGAAUCCGGCCAAGUAUUAGACCCAGACAUUGUCAUUGGUGCAACACGCGGUGCUCAACAGAUGAUAUUAGUUGGAGAUCACCGCCAGCUUGGUCCUGUCGUUCUUUCGAAGAAGGCAAUCAAGUCCAGAUACGAUGUAUCAUUGAUGAAGCGUCUUACGGCCUUAAAUGUCCGACCAAGUGUCCUGACAAUGCAAUACAGAAUGCAUCCUUCGAUUUCUUCAUUCCCUUCUGAAGCAUUCUACAUGAAACUCGUAAAGGAUGGUUUAUCGGCUUCAGAUAGGAAGUGGCCAAGACCAAUUUUGCCAUGGCCCGACAAAGAAUCGCCAGUUAUGUUCUGGAAUGUCGAUUCCCGUGAAGAAAAUUAUGAUUCCGCGAUAUCGUACGUAAAUGUCAAGGAAGCAGAAGCAAUUUCCCAAAUUGUUGACAUGAUGUGCAGAAAUGGAGUGAAAUCAGGCGACGAUAUAGGUAUUAUUACACCAUAUACCGGUCAGCAGAUGUACCUGAUGGAUUCUCUUCCUUCUCUCUGCAAAUACGCGAAUGAUGAUAUCAUCCAAGAGAUAGAAAUCGCUUCUGUUGACGCUUUUCAGGGAAGAGAGAAGAAUUUCAUCAUAUUCUCUUGCGUCCGAGCCAAUGAUAUGAAUGAUAUCGGCUUCAUGCGCGACCAAAGAAGACUUUGUGUCUCUUUGACAAGAGCCAAAUACGGUUUGGUCAUCGUUGGAAACGCUGCAACCUUCGCAAGGUCUUCUAUUUGGUGCAAAUUAAUUCAAAAUUUGAUGAACAGAGGUUUGUUCGUCGAAGGAGAACUUUCUGCACUCAAGAAGUCAUCAUUCACUGCAUUAGUACAGGAAGAAGAGGGAAGCGAUGAUGAUGUCGCAGUUGAAGAAAUUGAUUAUGAGAUGGUUUACUAG